GCUGAACGUGUGGAAUGUUUGGAAAAGUUUUGUAAACAAGAAGCAAGUGAAAUAUGUAACAUGCAUUAUGCUGCUCAAGUGACCGAAAAAUGCUCUAUUGGUGACCUGAAGAAACUUUCGUUGAGGAUUGUUCUCGAAUCAAGGGUCAAAGAAGCAAAUGAAAUAUGUAACAUGCAUUAUGCUGCUCAAGUCACCGAAAAAUGCUCUAUUGGUGAUCUGAAGAAACUUUCGUUGAGGAUUGUUCUCGAAUCAAGGGUCAAAGGUCACGAACAGAUUGAGGAGAAUGACGUGCAUGAAGCACUGAUUGAUUUCCAUCCGAGUUGCUCACAAAUUGGGAAUCCAAUUAACUUAGUAAAAAGCGAUUUAAAGUGGGAAGAUGUCGGAGGACUGGACGAUGUGAAACAAAUCCUCACUGAAGUAUUUAUCUGGCCAACAAAAUAUCCUACACUGUUCCGUAAUAGUUCUAUUCGGCAUGGUCGCGGGGUGCUUCUGCACGGGCCAAGUGGCUGUGGGAAGACGCUUAUCAGCAAAGUUCUGGCAGCUCAGUGCAAUUUUAAUGUUAUAUUUGUCAAAGUAACUUACCACUGUUUCUAA